GUUUCUCCAAGGCAGAUCAGAAUGGAUUUCCAGAAUCGUGCAGGAUCCAAAUUCGGUGGCGGUGGUGUCGCAUCGCAAUCUGCGACCAACGCAGACCGUCGCGAGCGUCUUCGUAAGCUCGCUCUUGAGACGAUUGACCUAGACAAGGACCCAUACUUUUUCAAGAACCAUGUAGGCAGCUUUGAGUGCCGUCUGUGCUUGACGGUUCACCAGAACGAUGGCUCUUACCUCGCCCAUACCCAAGGCCGCAAGCAUCAGACGAACCUGGCUAGACGUGCCGCGCGGGAGCAGAGAGAAGGAAAGAAUCAAGAUCCAUCGACGCUGCCGGGUGCGAUGGGAGUUCAAGUUAAGAAGCAGACAAUCAAGAUUGGUCGGCCUGGUUACAAGAUCACGAAGAUCAGGGAUCCAUUGACACGACAGCUGGGUUUGCUGUUUCAGCUGCAGUAUCAGGAAAUUACACCAGGUGUUCAGCCUCGAGUACGGUUCAUGUCCGCUUUUGAGCAGAAGGUUGAGGACCCCCCAGACAAGAAUUUCCAAUAUCUUGUCGUAGCCGCGGAGCCGUACCAGACGUGUGGUUUCAAGCUUCAGGCUCGGGAGAUUGACCGCAGAGAGGGUCGUUAUUGGACUUGGUUCGAUGAAGAUAGCAAGGAAUUCUGGGUUCAAAUCAUGUUCAAGACCGAACGAGAGGAGAGAUUUAGUGGUGUCCCAGGUCUGGCACCGAUGGACCCCAAGGUGUGAAUUGCCUGAAGUGGUGUUGUAUGCAUGGGUCUGCAUGAGAAGGAAAAGUUGACGAAAAUAAUUUUCCAUUCAACGGAGGUGCAUAGGGCGUUUGAGGAUUUUUUUUUUUUUUUUUGAGACUACAGCUAUAUGUGAUUCAAAUUCAUGUUACCCCAGCUAUUGUAAUUUGGCUGAGAGGAGGCCUUCCGAUGGCGUCCAUUACUAUAUCUUACUCUUUCUCCGACUCAGCUGAUACAAACAUCGACAUUACUGAGUGCCCUGGAAAU